AGGACCAGGUCGUGACAGACUCCUCCAGCUUCAAGACACUCAACCGAGAAGAAGGAUGGCCAGUGCCUUCUCUAAGUUGCUGACUGGCCGCAAUGCAUCUCUGCUGUUUACUACUCUGAGCACCAGUGCCCUGACCACUGGCUACCUGCUGAACCGGCAGAAGGUGUCUGCUGAGAGCCGGGAGCAGCACAAGCUCUUCCCCCCAAGCGCCGACUACCCUGACCUGCGCAAGCACAACAACUGCAUGGCGGAAUGCCUCACCCCCACCAUCUAUGCCAAGCUCCGCAACAAGAUGACACCCAACGGCUACACCCUGGACCAGUGCAUCCAGACCGGAGUGGACAACCCUGGCCACCCCUUCAUAAAGACCGUAGGCAUGGUGGCUGGUGAUGAGGAAUCCUAUGAGGUGUUUGCUGAUCUUUUCGACCCUGUCAUCAAGCUGAGGCACAAUGGCUAUGACCCCAGGGUGAUGAAGCACCCCACAGACCUGGACGCGUCCAAGAUCACCCAUGGGCAGUUCGACGAGCGCUACGUGCUGUCCUCCCGCGUGCGCACUGGCCGCAGCAUCCGCGGGCUGAGCCUGCCGCCCGCCUGCUCCCGGGCGGAGAGGAGGGAGGUGGAAAACGUGGCCAUCACCGCCCUGGAGGGCCUCAAGGGGGACCUGGCCGGCCGCUACUACAGGCUGUCGGAGAUGACGGAGCAGGAUCAGCAGCGGCUGAUCGACGACCACUUUUUGUUUGAUAAGCCAGUGUCCCCCUUACUAACAUGUGCUGGGAUGGCCCGUGACUGGCCAGAUGCCAGGGGAAUCUGGCAUAAUUAUGACAAGACGUUUCUCAUCUGGAUAAAUGAGGAAGACCACACCAGGGUGAUCUCAAUGGAAAAGGGAGGCAACAUGAAGCGAGUGUUUGAGCGGUUCUGUCGUGGACUCAAAGAAGUGGAACGGUUGAUCCAAGAACGUGGCUGGGAGUUCAUGUGGAAUGAGCGCCUGGGAUACAUUCUGACCUGCCCUUCCAACCUCGGAACUGGAUUGCGAGCUGGUGUCCACGUCAGGAUCCCAAAGCUCAGCAAGGACCCACGCUUCUCUAAGAUCCUGGAGAACCUGAGGCUGCAGAAACGUGGCACAGGCGGUGUGGACACCGCAGCCGUGGCGGACGUGUACGACAUUUCCAACAUAGACCGCAUCGGCCGGUCAGAGGUUGAACUUGUCCAGAUCGUCAUUGACGGUGUCAACUACCUGGUGGAUUGUGAAAAGAAGCUGGAGAGAGGUCAAGACAUUAAGGUUCCCCCUCCUCUACCUCAGUUUGGCAGGAAGUAAAUGUUCCCAG